AUGCCUGAGCUGCCUACAGUAGAGGAGUUCAUGCUCUACAUUCCUCUCCUGCCCCUGGUAGCUGCUGCUCUCAGGACUCUGUUGCCAGUCGGCCUGAGGAUGGACCAGCAGCAGGAGGAGGAGCAGUGGAGGAGAAGGUCCAGGGGCUCCCAGAGGCGGGGAAGGUGCAGUGCACAGUACAGCCAUGACCAGCCAGUGUCCAGCACCAAGACAGUUAUUUCUCCCAAACCCCAGUCUGUGGCUGACCUUUGUUACCAGCCAUCCAAGUGCAUGCGCAGUCUCACUUCCCUAGCAUCUCCCUGCAGGACUGCUCUCAGCAGGCAGCAGGCCUUUUGUGCCUAUCCAGCCAAGAGGAGGCUUUUCUCUCCCGGCAACACAGGAGAGUCCUGCUCUGAAGACGAGGGCCUGUCUGCCUCCAAGAGGAGCCGCCUGGCGCUUCUGACCCCAGGCCUGGGCUUCGGAACCUGCCGCAGUACAGAUGCCAAAGCUGGCCCCUUCUGGAACCAUCUCCUGCGUUCCGCUCGUGAGCAGCCUAAGGGAGCCAGUGACUGCGCCAGAGUGGGAAGAAGGCUCAAAAGUGGUCUUCGGCAAAAGUCGCGCCUCCUUUGCAGCGGCCUGAGAGGAGAGCCCUCGGGUCACAGCUGUCGCCCUUACUCGCCCCUGGCAUCAGCGAGCCACUCCCUCUUGGGCAACUUUGAGGAGUCCAUCCUGAAAGGCUGCUUUUCGCCGUCUGGUCGGAUUGAGGGCUUCAUGGCGGAAAUCGGGGCCAGCGGGUCCUACUGCCCCCCACAUGCCACCCUGCCUGUCCAGGUCACGUACUGUGACCUCUCUGAACGGAGCGGCCCCUCGCCCUUCCUGGGCGUUAUCUGCCUGAGGUCGCUUGGGAAAAAGGGAUACGGCGUCCCGAAAGCAGGCACCGUCCAAGUGGCCUUGUUCAACCCCAACAAAACUGUGGUCAAGAUGUUUCUGGUCACAUACGACUUUGAGGAUAUGCCUGUGAACCAUGUGACCUUCUUGAGGCAUCGCAUCUUCCUGGUGCCUCUGGAGGGUGUGGAGGAUGGGGAGGAUGAGGAAGUGCAAGAGGAGAGACCGGAGCACAGGGCCACAGCAAGGAAGAAAAUUCUCUGCUACUUAAUACACCUCAGGUUCCAGAGCUCCAAAUCUGGAAAAAUUUAUUUGCACGAUGACAUCCGGCUGCUGUUCUCCCGCAAGUCCAUAGAGGUGGACACAGGGACACCCUAUGAGCUCAAGUCUUUCACCGAGGUACCAAGAAAUCCCAAGUACUCACCCCGUCUCUGA